AAGAAACGGGGCGGGGCUGAGGCCAAGGAAGAGGUUGGACUGUGUCUCGCAUGCUCCUGACGCAGAAGGUUUUGAAACUUUUUUCACCUCGUCUAAAAUGGCUGCCUCCCAGUGUCUCUGCUGCUCAAAAUUUCUCUUCCAGAACUGGGGAAGCCAGGUUUGUUGACAUCUUUAAAGAACAUGGAACAGCCAAGUAAGGAUUUCUGUGACUCUCAUAAGAAAUCUUCAAACAGCUCAACCUACUCAGCAUCAAGUUACUCUUCUUCAGGAAAGAGACAGAACCUCGCCUGUUUCCUCACAAACCCACACUGUGGCAGCCUCAUUAAUGCAGAUGGCCAUGGUGAAGUGUGGACAGAUUCGAAUAAUAUGUCCAAGUUUUUCCAGUAUGGAUGGAGAUGCACCACUAAUGAGAAUACCUAUUCAAACCGUACCCUGAUGGGCAACUGGAACCAGGAAAGAUAUGACCUGAGGAAUAUCGUGCAGCCCAAACCCUUGCCUUCCCAGUUUGGACACUACUUUGAAACAACAUAUGAUACAAGCUACAACAACAAAAUGCCACUUUCAACACAUAGAUUUAAGCGAGAGCCUCACUGGUUCCCAGGACAUCAACCUGAACUGGAUCCUCCCCGAUACAAAUGCACAGAAAAGUCAACUUACAUGAAUAGCUAUUCAAAGCCUUAAAUUGGGCAUCACUCAGGAUGUGUAUAAGAUCUUAAUAUUGACUAGUUUCGCAUCCAGGUUUCUAAGAAAUGAUAAGAUACUUCACUUUUCCAGAGUGAAAUGUAGGAGGGAGCACAUUCUAAGUACAGCUAAAAAUUUAGCUCACUGUAACACAGUUUCACUCUGAAUAAAUAAAGCAAAAAACACAGUAAA